AUGUCCAGAGUCCGGAGAUUUUGGAGGAUAUUCCAUUGCCAUAUAUGUGGCGGUGAUGUCAAAGCACAACUCUAUUGUCCUUCUAGUGGUCACCCAUUUUGUCGGAACUGCCAGCCGGAAGUUGUUGCGGAGGAGGAUGUCACAAAAGUGGUCACAGCAUCUCAGGCUGUUUACCCUUUUCGAUCGGGUGAUCCUAGUCCCAAUACCAUGAAGCCACCCAUGCCUACGGAGAUACCGACCAGAGAAAUUGGCAAACCAUAUCCGGAACCUAACGAAAUGCCAGCAGUAACACCAUCCGCAGCAGUGUCAUCACCAGAAGCUUAUGCACUUGUACAAGCCGGAAACGCCAGUCAAGAUCCCGCAGGUCCUCAAGAAGUAGAGCAUCGCAAACGAUUCUCCAAUGUGCAAAACGAAACAAGGCUAGCAAAUCUGCCUUCCGAGACGAAAGACAAGCCAUCGUUGCAUCAGCAUGCUUUCGCCCCAGCUGUCGAGGAGUUCAGCCAGGCCACUACAGAGUACACAGAAGGAACAUCCCCACUGAACGUAUUUUCAUCAGUCAGCAAUGCACAAAUCACCCAUAUUGUUGCAUCGGAAGAGACUCGGGGUACCCUUGAAACGUUGUCACCGUCUCCCGUGCACCCGCCUUUACCUCCACUCCCUUUUCUUCCUCCUCGUACAAUGGCCAGCGAUCUCAAAAAGACAUCUGAUACGAGCAGGUGGAUCUCACCACCAAAACCGGUAGCUGCUGUAUCGCCCUCUCCUCCUCUGCUUGCCCCCCAUGUUCAUAAGAUGAGGCCCGCUCAACCUGCUGUGGCAAGACAGUUCUCGGCAGUGAAACGACAGGCUAGAAAACUCGCGAAUGGGCCAAGCUCACGGGCAUCGGACGAAUCUCCAGGAGCGGACGCCGAGACCGUGAAAAGUAGCAGUGAUAGUAGCGUUCAUGCCACUAAUCGGUAUUAUAUGCCCAAGGUGAAGGUAUCCAGUCCGCCGCUAUGGUUAAAAUUCCCAUCGACGAGAACAGGAGGCAAUUCCAAUCAGACGAAGAGAGCUGUACCUCCCGGAAAUAGCAUUCGGACUGGAAGUGUGACCCGUACAGCUACAGCUAUGACUUCCAACAUUGGUGACAGUAAACGAACUGGUGCUUCUGUCGGUAGUCAUGCCAUUCAGGAGACAUCAGCGCGCGAGACUGUCACUAACCCAUAUUUUCCUCAGCUUGAUCAGCUAGAGAGACAGACUGUCGAGAAAGGCGAGGAGUCGCGUCACGGGGUACAGGAGCGACAAGGAGAGCACGGGGAUCAUCAACAUAGCGGUGAUUUUCACGAACAGACAACACUACAUGGGCACGCCCGAAAGGUCGGCCGCAAAGUUAGCGAGGACCUGAAGGCGCGAAUUCUCGGCUUACCAGUAUCUGAGCAGGCCUCCAAUUCAAGCAAGGGGAAUCGGCAUCCGCUCCAAGCAGACAGCAGAAGCGGCAACAAGGCCGGACUGGCCACAGUCAUUAGCCGGAUAUCAGAAAUGCAGUCCGAUCGUUCUACCUACUCAGGCUGUUCUACCCCCUCAACCAUUCGCAGCGUGGUUACAACUCCGAAACCACGGCCGGGCCGAACGCUUACUCCAAGUUCAGGAAAUGGUGCAAAGCGCGCUGGCGGCGAUAGACGUCACAGCCAGAAUCGAACGCCGACACCAACCACUUCACGUUUCCCCGGCAGCCAUAGCCAAGAGUGGCUACAGCAACAGCAACAGCAACGCUCAUCACUACAUUCGGCUCGGCAGCCCAUUGGACAACGCGUCAAGGGCCCUCAUUCUCCUCCAGCUGUGGAGGACAUACACCAUCAGACUUACAGUGACUUUACAAGCUUAUCAUCCCUUCCUUCGCGCUCCCCGGUGACAUCCUAUCAGUUUCGUGAUGCCAUCGUAGACAGGACAAAACACAGCAACCACAGAGUAACAACCAGGAGGGAGAGUGAGACAGCACCUUUGCUUACCUCCAAUGUUGUCUCUACGCCCACCGCUAAGACGCUAGACAACAGGCCAUCACCGAAAAAAGCCCCGAUUGCGUCGUCUGCUGGUAUCCAUGAUCACCUUAGUGAUGUUCGUCGGGCUAUUCAAGAGAGGACGAGCUCUGACGAAAUCCGCCCGCCGAUUGAAGUUGAUUACGGAUACACAUCAUCGUCAACACCACAAGAGAUUAUAAGACAAGGAGAAGGGUCAUCUGAAGAGGAAACUGGUUGCCACCAUGAUCCAAGUACAGGUAUCCAUGGAUUAACGAUUGUGUUGCACCUCAAGGGACAGGAAGACCUGGUCAUCAGCACGGAUCUGACUCGCGAGGCUUCGGGCGCGGAUGGCGCCAGUAGUGUGACUAUGAGUCUCUCUCCUAUUGUUCCUCUGUCACCGCAGUCUCCAAAUUCUGGUCACGGGGUAGUUUCACCUUUUAGGGUGAUGGAUGGGUAG